AUGAUCUUACUGUUCUUUACCAUCUUCGUCUUACUAGUAGGAGGCAGCCAUGGCUCCAGAACGAACGUUUUCAGGGUGAACCCCAAAACAGAGGGUGGCGGCCAUUUCACAAACUUCCUUCCAAGGCAUUUGCCCAUCCCAACUUCCGGGCCGUCGAGGAGACACAAUGACAUUGGAUUACAAGCUUGGAGAUCGCCUUGA